AUGAGAAUAUUCUAUGACCGAUUGAGAGUUCCGUAUCGGAAUCGCAUCGUCAUUCUAUACCAUACUACUGAAAGCGCAGGUAUUUCCUUCCUAUCGAAGAACGUCGGGUGCAGCAGAAUGUCGUUUUUGGCAAGGUCCCGACCUGUCCAGUUGGCAGUGUCAUUAUUAGCACUAAUUUUGGUUGUCUACUUUUUGUUCUUCAGCAAGAAAGGCGAUGAUGCAUAUUCUCCGGAGCAAAUCAACGAUAUGUUUCAGAACAAAGAUCGGGACGUACUGGUCAAAAAGGUGGAGCUCCGAAACCUAGAGCUCCUGCCUCCCUACUUGGAAAAGACAACGUUGAAAUCUGCCAACUGGCAGUGGGCCGGUGAUAUAAUAUACAAAAAUGACGAAUACGUGAGAUUAACGUCUGCCCGUCAACAUCAAGUUGGAAAUAUGUUCUCGAAAAUGCCAAUUCAGGCUGAAUCCUUCGAGAUGGAAUUAACUUUCCACAUUCACAGUGAAUCAAAAGCAUCAUUAGUAGCUGAUGGAUUGGCGAUUUGGAUAGUGGACAAACCGUCGCCCAUCGGAGAAGUCUUUGGUGCAGCAAACAGGUUUAAUGGUUUGGGUAUCUUCAUUGACACAUACAAAAAUGGAGCAAAAAGAAAAUUUCCGUACAUCAAUGUGAUGUUGGGUGACGGUCAGACAAGGUACGAUAAAUCUAUCGAUGGAGUAGAUACAGAGCUAGCUGGAUGUACCGCUCAUUCUCUUUUGAACCCACUGUCGGGUCAAAGCCGCAUGCGGUUAAUAUAUACCAGAAAUGGUUACUUAUCGGUGGAUUUCAAUUAUAACCCUCAUUUUUCUGACGACUGGCACAACUGCUUCACUUUAACAGACAUCAAACUCCCUCCAGUCAAGUAUUUGGGAUUCUCUGCUGAAACCGGAGACUUGACUGAGAAUGUUGAUCUUAUCACAAAUAAGGUUUUUGCCUUAUUCAAUCCAGAAAACGAGGAAUUUGUUGACUCGGUUGAACUGCUUGAGAAUAUGAUUAAGGAGGAACCAAACAAGGGUUCUCCGUCCAGAAAUCAACACAAAAAAAGGAAAUCCUUGGUUAGAUUGAAAAAGUCUGAGGAAAGAAUUAAACAAGCUGCGAGACAAAGAAGAUUGGAGAAGUAUGGAGAUCCCGAGGCGACAUUUGUACGUCGGUGGAUUCGACGGUUCCUCACUUUCCUUAAACUUAUUAUCUACGCGAGUAUUUUUGCUUUAAUCGUGUGGGUAGCGGCAAUAAUUUACCGUGUACAGAAACAAAAGAAGAAGUCUAGAAUUGGUGGACUUUUGGACUGA